CGUCUGCAUUGUAUCUAGUCCUCUCGUCCCCCUAAUCUUCAAGAUGGCGGGAAAUCGCCCAGCGGAAAUAACGAGCGCCGAAGACAUCGCAAGCCUCGCCAGCAUCGCGAAAGCACGCGAAAAUGUACAGCAAGCACUUGCCUCAGGCUUACUGCCUAUUGAUAAAGAAGUCAUGAUCAGAUCCCGCAUGGCGGAUCUGCUUGUCCAGUCCUUUGACCUGUCAGGGCAGUACCAAGAUUUACGCGAUGCCGUCCAGCAUCUACAGACAAUCCUGCGUCGUCUUCCACGUGAUUCUUCAGAUCGCCCUAAGCAUCUAAGCACCUUGUCGUUCGUCAACAUGUCGGAACACUCAGCAACGAAUUCCCGGCAUGCUCUGGACGAGGCCGUGUCGAAUGGCCGCCGAGCCAACGAGAUGGCGGUGACCAUCGAUCUUCUACAUCGUGACCCAAAUGUCUACUUCGGCAUUUUGACCAACCUCGGAUAUGCGCUUGCGCAACGAUACGCACUGCUCCAAAAAUCCGAGGAUCUCGAAGACGCCGUCGUAUGUGCAAGGGAGAUAUACGAGAACGCUCCAAAGGACUCCGAGCCAUACUACCUCACUCUCAAUAACCUUGCGUCACGCCUCCGUUUGCGUUACAUUCAAAGUCAAGACGCAGAUGAUAUCAACGAAGCAUUGAGACUAAUUAAUGAACUUCGAUCGAGGACGGUCCCCGGUACACCCGAGCACGUCAUGGCUGCUGCGCAGCUAGGUCUAGUCGUAUCAGACAAGUUCAAAAGGACCGAUCAACUGCAAGAUUUGGACGAGGCACUUGGAUACUGCAAAUCAGGUCUUGAGGGCUUGUCUAGAGGUCAUGAGACGAGAGUGCCUCUGCUCGGGCAGAUUAUUGGCCUUUAUAGCGCAAGGUAUCAGAAGACGUCCGAGGAAGCCGACUUGAGAAAUCUUGUUAGCUACUCUGGUAUGUUGUUUUGCGAUAUCCCUUUAGGCCACGCUGCUCGGGGAAGAUAUCUUCACGAUUAUAUGCGUCAGCUCUAUGGGUUGACAGCCACGAUUCAAACACUGCAAGAAGUCCAGUCAACUCUACAAACAAUCCGGCCGAUCUUGGAGAACAUGCCGUCAAAGUACCCCGAGAAAAUUCAAUGUUGGGCUAUGCUCGCUAAUCUCUCCUUGGACCAAUACAACUUGUCUCACAACUUGCAGGAUCUUCUCGAUUGCGUGAGUCUUAUUAGGAGAGUUACAUAUGACUACAAUGAUGAGGUGGACGGAGGUGACUCUUCGAAAGGUUUGGCACAGACAACAUGGCUCUGGGACUUGAAGAAAUCCUUGCAACUGCUUGUCAAAGCACCUGCGAGCAACUAUAUGAGAAGCUUAGCAGAGAAAGAAUUGCCAGAGAUGUUGCGCACUUGUCGCAAGACCCAAAGCUACGCAGGCAGCGCACUGGAGCUAUUUCACCAACAGAACGGUCUGCGACUGGAAGUGCUAGCCGAAUCUAUUACAACCGGCCGGACACUUUCCAACGAUGAGAUCACGUUUGAAAUCAGGAAACUCGAGGAAAAGAAAGCAAUUGUCAGCAGAGAGCACCAGGAUAGGCGGCGACUGAAAACGAAUGAUUACGAGACAGAGCUUGGCCUUCGAAAACUGGGGCUGGACGAAUCUAAGAAUAUGAUCCUCGAUAUGAGUGGCCUGGUAAGUGAUAUUCUGGGCUGGGAUUCAACCAAGAGGUAUUCGAAAGAGGAGUUCAGUGUCAUGGCAGCACAGGGGGAACAGAAAGCCUUGGACGAAGCCAAGCUUAAAGGAAGACAUCCAAAUCUCUCUCUUUGUCGCAUGUGUCGGGAUUUGGCGAAGGUGCUACAGCCCACGACGAACGGCUUUGAGCUGACAGCAAAGGAUGCCUGGAUUCCGUUUGGAAAUUUCUUUCAACUCAGGGAAAGGAAAACCUGUGCUGUUUGUUCACUGAUGCUGUCGGUAAUUACAACGAAAUCCGGAGGGCUUCAUCCACGACUUGCGGCCAUGGAUCCCGAGGUUCAGGGGAUGCGCUUGAGUACUGGAAGGCUCUCAACCAAUGAGAAGUUGAUGAGGUUUGACUACGGUAUGAAACACGUUGGUGAAUUGAGGGUUUUGACAUCUCAGAACUACUCUCGGGCUUUGCGGCAAGCUUGGGAGACAGAUACGGGAUCAUCGCUCUCAAAAGUCCUCGGUAACCGCAACAGCCCAGUCUAUGAUCCAAGUCAACAACGAAUCAAUCCUGAUCUGGUCAAGUCGUGGUUAAAUACCUGCGAUCACAACCACAGCUCCGUUUGUAAUCACCCACGGUCUGCAAAGCGGGCAGAAAAAGAAAUACGCCUCACUCUCAUCGACGUCAAGGAGGAACGCUUGGUCACUGCCUCCUCAGACACAAAGUACUUUGCCUUAAGCUACGUUUGGGGCCAGGUGGAUAUGUCAAAGACAUUCAAGUCGAACAUCGAGGCUCGGCGCCAGCCUCGCUCUUUAACCGCGAUUUGUUUUCCAAAGACUAUCAGGGAUGCAAUGAAAUUCGUCCAUUCACUUGGAGAAACAUAUCUCUGGGUCGAUGCCAUUUGUCUAGUGCAGGAUGACGGAGAACAGAUAGCUCAAGAGGUUCUGAACAUGGACAUUGUUUACGGACAGGCUUUCGCUACCAUUGUUGCCCUUGAGGGUACUGAUGCGGAUGCGGGCCUACCCGGGGUCCGCGCGGGAACAAGAAAGCCCCAGGAGAUCAGCACCCUCUCCAUUUCCAACAAGUCAGUCGACCUUGAUGACGAUGUUGAUAGCAAAGACAAAGACACAAUUUGGCUUACAGCAACGCCGCGCCCCUUAUACCUCGCCUUGGAGCUUUCUCAAUGGAACUCUCGAUGCUGGAUCGUGCAGGAACAUCUGCUUUCGAGACGUUGCCUCUACUUUGCGCUAGAUGCUGUUUACUUCCAAUGCGGCCAGAAGACAUUGAGUGAAUGGGGCGCUAACGAAGAGUUUGAUACGUUUUUGCUUGACAAAGAACCUGCCCUGUCCGAUAACCACAUUUUGGAAAAGGCGAAUCGCAACAAUCCUCUUUCGGGCCUGGAAAUCUUUUACGACCUUACGCUACGUGAGCGAAUCACUAAAGCUUUCAAUGCCUAUACGAAGCUCGUUGGGAUCUAUAGUCAACGAAAUCUAUCUUUCAAGUCCGACAUCCUUAACGCCUUUGCAGGAAUGUUUGCAGUGCUCGAAGACCACUUUCAGAGCAUGACAGUCCAUGGACUGCCAGCAGCAGCUAUCAGCCAUGCCCUUCUUUGGUCGCCUGGGGCAAGACUUCCACGUCGAGGCACUCAUUUACCCUCAGAUUUCACCACGGCCACUAGUCACCCUGAUCCACAUUUCCCAAGUUGGUCAUGGGUUGGAUGGGAUGGUCCUGUAGAAUAUCGCUUAUUCGAGCAUUCAAAUGGAGGGAUCAUCCUUCCGACCCCACGGGUAAAAGAAAAACCCAUUGGGGAGCGCAUUCUUGCUAAAGUGGUCCCUGACCAGGUUCGUGGCAGCACCUGGGUCAUAACAGCACCACAAGCACCUCAGAGUAGAAAGGAUCCGCAUCUUGCUACUAAGCUCCUGCGUUUCACGGCGCGUACUGUUCCUUUUCCGGCAUUCCAAGUGAUGCCCAAGAAGGGAUAUCUUAGCUCCCCGACUCAAGUCCACAUCCGAAGCUCCCAAGCCGUCCGCCGCAUCCAGGACCGCAACGGCAAGCACUGCGGGCUAUGGUGGGAGCAGGCUGGGUACGGGUAUAUGGGGCUGGGCAUCAGUCCGGAGGCAGAGAGCAAGUUUGACAUGCUAGAGAUAUCAAGUUACGGAGACGCAUAUCGCCCGCGCAAGGGCCCGUCUCUCGUUGAAGGCCCGAUUAGCCUUUUCGACGAUGAAGUGUUCCCAACCGUGGGGCUUGGGAGCGGGCUAGUCAAUGUUUUGGUGGUUGAUCUGGACAUGGGGCAUCCAGAUGACAUUGGAGAACGAUGCACGGUAGCUGUAAUACAUUCAGCAGCGUGGGAAGCAGCUAAUCCACAAGAAAAGGAGGUCAAAAUAGUAUAAUUUCGGGUUGAGGAACGAGGGUGCCAAUAUAUAUUUUGGAUCUGAACCACUGACAAAAUCAUCGACCUGGAACGUUUCUUAAAGCAAGAGAGCAAGAAGAUGAGCAUAAAGAUGAUUGAGAGAAACAAGACUCCCCGACCCCGAAUGGUGCUGGCUCACAGAUUGAUGAAGAGAAAGGGGAAGACACGGAUGAAAUGAUUUAGGACGUUCCGUAUUGGAAAGAAUAGGUCACAACAGCCUCGAAUAGUUCUAAUGCCAAUCGAAUACAGCUCUGGGCCUUGAUACUACCAGGCGGUUCCAUGUUCUUGGCGUCAUCCUAUAUGUCAUUGUACAACACAAGUGCAAGCCUGGAGCUAGUCGCCUAGCUAUAGGAUUAGUUAGACCAACUCCGUAUAGCUAUUUCACAAUGAUCUGAGAGAUUUAGACC